UCCUUCAACCAUGUCCCGUCGCCCUACGUCCUCAACGCCGUCAUGUCUCAUCUCCCGAAUCACAAAUCCCAUAUCAUUUCUUCCCCUCCCCGGUAACGCCCACUGUAGCUUCGUUCCCCCACCAAAUCCCAAACCUCCUUUUGAAAACUUCGACACUCUGCGAUACGUCCCUGCCUUUCUCUGUUUCUUCGCGGUGGAUACGAGUAGCAGCUGCCAUGAGCCCAACGGACACUGCAAAUAUGGGGUCGAUACGUCUGUUGUUUUGAGAUAGUAAGCACAGGUGUGGGUUGGCGCGGCGUCGGAAGGGAAGAAGAUAGGAUAGGAUAAGGGAGGAGCGGAGCGAAGGGAACGGACUUUGAGAUGAUGUGUUGGUACGCCAUUUUUCGAGAUUGUUCCCGAUUUGAUAAUUGAAGACGUUUCGUAUAGAAAUAAUAUGCGAGGGUGGCUCGAUCUGCAGUACUGGGAGUUGUUGUUUUGAUCAAGUUGCGCGGCGGUGGAUGUCCGUUGCACGCACUUCAGUCCUUCCCAGGCUCCCAAUAUCUUUAGUAGGUUACCUUUGUCCUC